AUGCUGGUCAAGUCAAUAUGUCGAAAUUUGGUCGAUUUUCUGAUCGGUGCUAAUGCGAACAAAAAAGCAUCCGAUUCCGCCUUGUCUCCGGCUCUUUUAACCAGAGCUCGUUUACUCGCAGCCGAACACGCAAAACUUUCGGAACGAUUGGGAGAGUCGUUUGACGCAAAAACCGCCAAGCGAGCUGGAGAAUUGGCACCAAUUACAAAUGUCUUGAAUGAAUGGGUCAAAGCCAACGAUUCUAUUGCGGAGCUCAAAUCUCUUCUAGCUGAUCCUAGUACCGAUGCUGAACUGCGAUCUCUAGCAACAGAGGACCUCGAGAGCAGUCAUGAUGCCCUUCCAUCAAUAUCAGACCGACUGAAAAAGGCUCUCAUUCCGCGACACCCAUUUGCCGACCUACCUUGCUUGCUUGAAAUCCGACCAGGGGCAGGGGGAGAUGAAGCAGGCUUGUUUGCUUUUGAGAUGUUGCGGAUGUACAUUGCUUUUUGCUCCCGAAAGGGCCUCCGACCAACCAUUUUGAAGCAGGACACAGAGGUCGGCCCGUCGGAAGACCGUCUUUGUGAAGCAGUCAUUGAAGUUGAAGCUGAUGGGGCUUAUGAUAUCCUACGGACCGAAUCAGGGGUCCAUAGAGUGCAGAGAGUGCCCGCAACGGAGACCAAGGGUCGCACCCAUACCAGCGCAGUUAGUGUGAUGGUCCUGCCGAGUUUCCCAGAAAACGGUAGCGAGAUGGACAGUGCCUUGAACUUUGAAGAUCCAACCAGCGACUAUUAUAUUGAUCCUCAAGAGGUCCGGGUUGAAAAAAUGAGGGCCGGAGGUGCUGGGGGGCAACACGUGAACAAAACAGAGUCCGCCAUUCGACUGACACAUAUCCCUACCAAUACGGUGGUUUCCAUGCAAGAUGAACGGUCUCAGCAGGCCAAUCGGAGAAAGGCAUGGCAGAUGCUGCGGGCCAAAUUGGCUGAAGCCCGACAGGAAGCCCGCGAGCAAGAGCUUGUGCAGCUCCGAAGAGGUAUCCUGGGUGGUGUGGCCAAAAUGGGCCGAGGCGAUAAGAUUCGAACUUACAAUUUCGGUCAAAGUCGUUGCACCGACCAUCGCACCGGCCUCACAAUUCACAACCUGGAUGGCGUACUUGAUGGUGGUGAUGGAUUGGACAGUGUGAUGGAAAAUGUACGGACUUGGAUGGCUGAUCACGAAGUCGAGGCAAUGAUUGCAGAGGAUCUGCAACGUGAGAAAGGAGAAUGA